AUGUCGACUAUGAGCAGAUCGCGGACAAGUCUUUCACCAGCGACCUCUGAAAGAUCAACGCUACCUAUGGGCGCAUCUGCAGAACCUGAAAGCCCAGAAUUCAAACCUCUAGAGCCGACAAGGGAGGAGCUGCUUACACAUUUCUUCGAGCGAUUUAAAUUUUACACAUCGCUCUGCCUUGGCACUUCUGCUAUACUCGCUGUCUUCGCAUUUCUAUUUUUAAUACCGUUUGUUGUCGAACCAGCGAUACAAACGAUAUUAGCGGAGUUCGCUCCGGAAGCUGGCAUCUGUGCGGUGUCGAAACAUAUCUACGCCGAGACUUUGACUAAUUGCACUUGGGCGUCCUGUCGGGAAGGCUGUACUAGCACUCACACGAAAUGUCACAAAAUACGCGUCAAUCUGGCGAGACGGCCGUUCGAAGAAAACAUCCCAGUACCAAAAGAAUGGGAUGCGACGGACUUAAAGUUCCUGAUCAACCCUGAAGGUUGCGGUUAUCCGCCGAGAGUUAACUGCACGGAGUUUGCGAGUGAUUAUGCUGGGAAAAAGGCGCCAAAGGUCUUCCCAUGCUACUACAGCAUGACUCGACCAGAAUUGGUGGUAGCGAGGUAUUCCUGGGAUUCAACUAUUCGUGGUUUAAUCUUGGCACUGGUGCUGCCGACCACUGUCUUCAUCUUCAGUUUAAGUGUCCUCGCAUACUGGCACUGUCACUGCUGCGAUAGGGCUUGUAAUAGGCGAGUGCACGCUGAAUCCUUUGCGAGUAAGGAAGAUAGCAAACUCCUGUGUGAAUUAGAUGAAGAUCCAAGUGAUGACGUGUUCUGACGCCGAGCGACCACCAUAGCGCGCCGACGUGCCUCUCCCCGUUCUGAAGGCUAUACGCAACUAUAAUUUGAAACAUUACAAAUUGGUUAAGCCAAUGUCAAGCCAAUUCUUUUUUCAAAAAUACAACUAUACUUUUUUUAUAAUAAUUCAACACCGCUGCGUAAAUGCGCAAAGCCAAACAUAGCUUUAUAAAUUAUUUUUCGAUUAAAAUUAAUAAAUAUAUUGACAAAUUGUAAUUUCUUUUAAUUAAUUCGAAAAUUUAACGACGAUAUUUAAAUCAAUAUUAUUAUUUAUUGAUAUUAAUUUUAAAAUUGUUCUAAAAAAUAUUAAAAAUUCCACAGCCUCAGAUAUCAAGCAGCGAAGCUUUGCGAGUAAUAAAAUGUGUAAAAGUUAAUAAAUGGCGUCUCUUUGUUCUAAAUUGGAGCUAGGCCGGGUAGGUUAAGAUUAUAUUAUAUUUUGCCUUCAUAAUUGUAUACAUUAAGAAUUUAUUGUAAAAAUUUACAUGUUCACACAAUUUUCUCUACAAACUUUUUAUUCAUAUUCAUUGACUAACGAACAUAAUCUUUACAUUAUUAAUAGUUGACUAAAAAAGAAAUGUACAUUUAAGUAAUAAAUAAAUAAUAAAAAUUCUGAUGAAUUUCUAAAACAGACCACAAAUGUUCAGAGAAUAUUGUAUUCACGUAAUAUGUUUUUUGUGUAGGAAUUAGCUUGCAUGUUAAUAUUUGCAAUAUUUGUAGUUAACCAAUUAUAUUUAUAGUAUUUCACGUCAUAGCUACGUAGCAUAGUUAAAAUAUAUUUUCCGCUAUGCAAUUUGCAAAUUUAUAGAUUAGAAAUCUAAGUUAAUAACAGCAAACAUAUUUAGAACCCGCACGUAAAUUAUAGUGAACUAUAAAUACUUGUUACAAUUUGUUUUUUUUUUUUUAUAUUACAUAUUUUCUUAAAAAUGAUUUCAACUUAUUAACAAUAAGCCGUUCAGAUUUUCAAAAUAAUGUGUAAUAAAUUUAUUUAUUUUAGAAAUAUUAUUAUAAAUAAAUUUAUUUUUAUUGUUAAUUGUUACGGGUUUAUUUUUGAAUGAGAUUUUAUUUUAUCAAUGUCAUGUUUGAAUGUUCUAUGUCUGUUAAUAUAUUGCUGUUCAGAUAUUUAAUAAUUAAAUAUAAGCCAUUUGAAAUGAAGGUGUGCUCCUUUAGAUGUUGUUACGUGGACACUGUCUCGUUAGACAUAAUAAUCAUUAUAUUUGUUAGUUCUAUACAUACAUGGGGCCUUUUAAUAUUUAUUUUAUUCAUUUAAUAAUUUAAAUUUAAUCAAAUGAAACUUAAAAUAUUAAAAAUUAAUUUUUAAGAUAAAUUAUUUUUAAAAUUUAAUCAUAAUAAAAAAGGAACACAUUUUGAUGAUAAAAAUCUUAUUUAUUAUCACGAAUUAAUAUAGAAACUUAAUGUACAAUUUCGAUCAUAUAAUUGCUAUUAUGUCGUCUGCCAUAAUCGUGUGAUAUUAACGCUUAAAUGUAUUAUAUGAGAAAAACAAAAAAAAAUAGAUAAUAAUUAUUUUUGAGUCUCAAACGUACCCAGUAAUUAUAAGCUUUGUUGUAGAUAAGUUAAUUAUUAAUUGUAAUCUAAUUGUUAUUAUUAAAUAUAGAAUGAGUGGUACGCUUCUUAUUCCGUAUUAAAAUUUAAUAUUUAAUUAAAUUAAUUUUGUUUAAAAUUUUAUCAAUUAAAUAAUACAAAAUAUGUGAUAUAAUUUUGUUUGUUAAAUUAAUGUUCAAAAUUUAUUUUAGUCAUUGUAUUUUAAUGAUUAUAUUCCUGAUAUAACUGUAUAUAAAAAUUGCUGUCUAUUUUCUGUUGAAAUAACUCAAUGGAGGUUAACAUAUCAUUGCUUAAUAUUUUGUAUUGUUAUAGCUUAAAUAAUUCACGUAAUUUAUAGAAAUAAAAUGCAACGCGGAAUAACUUUGAAAUAUUCCGCAUUAGCAAAUAACGUAACGCAUCAAAACGUGUGUUUACCACUAUAGUUGUAUAUUUCUUGCGAAAUAUCGCAAAGUAAUUUGCAUAUAUUCUGUUUAUUUAAAUUAUUUUUAAUCGUCGAAUGUAAUGUAAUGAAUGUAAUAACUAUUCAAAUUUUAUUUAUAAUAGUUAAGUUCUACAUGCAAAAAAUACAUUUAAAAUAUAAUACUCACUUAUUAUGUAUGUAUAUACUACUGUAUUAGCCUCCAUUGAUACAGUUUUAAAUAUUAAUUUAACAUAAACGAUCUUACUAAUAAACGUUGUUUCUCGGGUGAAUAGUGACACUUCGUUGUAUCUCUUUCUGUCAUCUGCGAUUCGACAUUCGAAAGAAGAAGACAGUGUAUACAUAUAACUAACGUUUAUUAUUAAGGUGGAAAAUAUUAAAUAAAACGAUUUAUUCAAAUGUCUAAAUAAUAGAGUUUAAUGUACAUUCUAUAAUGUAUUUAAUUUAUUCGCCGAACAAUAAAUGUAAAUAUUCCAAUUUUUUCCUUAUAUACUAAGUAUUCGAGUUACAAUAAAUUGGCAUCAAAUCAAAACACAAAGUGUU